AUGCCACAAGUCGAUCUCGAAACCUUUGUUUCUUCAGUAUGCUCCGACCGGAAAAUCGCAUGCGAGACUCUCGCCAUCGACAAAGACUCCACCCAUGACCCGAUUACCCGACCCGUUUCCGACUCCGCAUCGACUCCGAUCGAUUUUCCACCGGAAUCUUACUCAUUAUCCAAAGAAGCACAAGUUGAGUGGCUAAACGAGAACGCUUUCUUCGAACGCAAAGAAUCGCAAAAAGGAAACUCAUCUUCGAAUUCGAAUCCCAAUUCAUCAUCAAACCCUAAUUCGAGCUCACAGCGAAUUUCUCUCAAAUCAAAGGCCUCGAUCAUCAGAUUACCGAAACCACAGAAAACUUGUUUCAACGAAGCGAAGAAACGGAGAAACUGCAGAAUCGCGAGGACUCUGAUGAUCCCGAAACGGUUCGGGUCGAGAUUGAAAUCGGAUCCUUCGUUAUCGGAGCCUUCUUCUCCGAAAGUUUCUUGCAUUGGGAGAGUGAGAUCUAAACGUGACCGUAGCCGUCGAAUGCAGAGACAGAGAUCCGGUCGAACCGAUUCUUUUAAGGAUAAACCGGUUCGGGUUAAGAAACCCGGGUUUUUCGCUAGCUUCAGAGCCAUUUUCAGAACCGGAGGUGGUUGCAAAGACUUGUCGGCGAGUGGAGCUCACGCGCCGGGGCGGGAGGCGGUCACUCCUCCGAGAGUUUCGGCGAGAAGAUCGACCGAUAUCAGAGGACGGCUUCCGCCGGGAGACGUCGGUAAAUUCUCGCCGUCGAGGUUAAGCACCGGUUCGAGGCGAUCGGUGGACGGUGGGGAACCGGUGUUGUUGCCCGGUUUAGGUGGGAUGACGCGGUUUACUUCGGGGAGAAGACCGGAUUUGUUGGUAGACGUUUGA